CCGAACCUGCGCCCGGGGAGCGGCGCGCGGAGGGCACCGGGCGCCCGGAGCAGGCGCCGCAGCACCAGCAUCGAGUCAGUGCCCGGAGGCCACCUUGUAAAGCAAGCUGAGAGGGAAACUAAGGCAAGAUGUCGGGCCGGAGCGGGAAGAAGAAAAUGUCGAAGCUCUCGCGUUCAGCCAGGGCCGGGGUCAUCUUCCCGGUGGGCAGGCUGAUGCGGUACCUGAAGAAAGGGACGUUCAAGUACCGGAUCAGCGUGGGUGCUCCCGUCUACAUGGCCGCAGUCAUCGAGUACCUGGCAGCGGAAAUUCUAGAAUUGGCUGGGAAUGCAGCAAGGGACAACAAGAAGGCCCGGAUAGCCCCAAGACACAUCCUGCUGGCUGUUGCCAAUGACGAGGAGCUCAACCAGCUGCUAAAAGGAGUGACCAUCGCCAGCGGAGGCGUCCUGCCCAGAAUCCACCCUGAACUGCUGGCCAAAAAGCGAGGGACCAAAGGCAAGUCAGAAACUAUCCUCUCCCCUCCCCCAGAGAAAAGAGGAAGGAAGGCCGCGUCAGGAAAGAAGGGGGGAAAGAAAUCAAAGGCUGCCAAACCACGGACAUCCAAAAAGUCCAAACCAAAGGACAGCGAUAAAGAAGGGACUUCAAAUUCCACCUCUGAAGAUGGGCCAGGGGAUGGAUUCACUAUCCUGUCUUCUAAGAGCCUUGUUCUAGGGCAGAAGCUGUCUUUGACCCAGAGUGACAUCAGCCAUAUUGGCUCCAUGAGAGUGGAGGGCAUCGUCCACCCAACCACAGCCGAAAUUGACCUCAAGGAAGAUAUAGGUAAGGCCUUGGAAAAGGCUGGGGGCAAGGAGUUCUUGGAAACAGUAAAGGAGCUUCGCAAGUCCCAGGGCCCUUUGGAAGUAGCUGAAGCCGCCGUCAGCCAGUCGAGCGGACUUGCAGCCAAAUUUGUCAUCCACUGUCACAUCCCGCAGUGGGGCUCUGACAAAUGUGAAGAACAGCUUGAAGAGACCAUCAAAAAUUGCCUCUCGGCAGCAGAGGACAAGAAGCUGAAGUCAGUGGCAUUCCCGCCCUUCCCCAGUGGCAGAAACUGCUUCCCCAAACAGACAGCAGCCCAGGUGACCCUCAAAGCCAUCUCGGCCCACUUUGAUGACUCGAGCGCAUCCUCGCUGAAGAACGUCUACUUCCUCCUCUUCGACAGCGAGAGCAUCGGUAUCUACGUACAGGAGAUGGCCAAGCUUGAUGCCAAGUAGCCGCCCUGCGCCCACAGGCGGCCACCACACUCACCAACGGGAAUCAGGAGGAUCAGAGUCACAGGAGCGGGGUUUUAUCUUUACAAGGAGAGAGGAAGGGUGACGGCAGGGGAGCAGAGGGCAGCUGAAAGGGAAGCGGGUAGCAGGAGCUGCAGGAGCAGGCCCUGCCCGUGGGAAGAGCCCUCUGCAUUUCUAUUAUUUUAUAUUCUCGUUAAAAAAGAGCCUCAGUCCAUAAUUAACCAGGUCUCCACCAGGGUUUUCUUUCUAUGUGUUUUCUUCCUGUUGUUUUAGAACUUUUUAAAAAAAAAAAACAAAAAAAAAAAAACAGACUUUGUUUAGAUUUAUAGCAUUGACUUUUACACACACACAAAAUCUUUUCAAAAUUCUUAAAAUCUUCUGUUUCUCCUUUUUUUGCAAGGGAAGAGGGCAGAAAAAAAAAAGUGACUUGGGCUUUGUUGGCUGUCUGUAUUCAGUGAUGGGAGAGAAGAAAAUUAGAAAGGCAUCUCACUGGUGCUUUUCUUUUCUGUCUUAGUGCCCCCACCUUUAACCCUAUAAUAUCUGUAACUACUCUUAAAAAGAUUUUGCU